UUUGCCCGUGGAUCCUGUCGAUGGGGCCACAACUGCCGCUUCUUGCAUGACCGAAAGUCAGCCCAGAUCUGCCGGUACUUCCAGAGCGGGUUUUGCAGCUACGGAGAGCGGUGCAGCCGCGGGGGCUCGGAGCCUGGCAGCGUGCCUGCGGCAGUGACCCAGGGCCGGCAGGGAGCCCGGUGCGGCUCAGCCCACCCUGUCCCCAGCGGGACGCACGUGACCUUCAAGUUCCCAAGCGCGGAGGUUGAGGAGGAAGAAAAAUACAAGGAGAACAUCCCAGCACCUGAUAACAGCCCCCAUGGGGCCACCAGCACAGAAUUUCUCCCCACACAAGCUCGGGGUGCCUCAGGUUCCCAGCCACAAGGGCUGGGACUGGAUCCAAAUCCUCCUGACACCAGAGAGGCAGCGGUGGAGACAGCGACGUGGACAGACCCUGCAGAGGUCCCCACAGCGCCGGGCGCUGCGGCAGCCCCGGUCCCCACCGCGGUGCUGAGGGCCCGGAGCGAGGCCGUGGUGUGCGGCAUCUGCAUGGACCGGGUGUACGAGAAGCCGCUGCCAGAGGAGCGGCUCUUUGGGAUCCUCCCGAACUGCAGCCACGCGUACUGCGUGGGCUGCAUCCGCAAGUGGCGCCGCAGCCGGGACUUCCAGAGCGUGGUCAUCAAGGCCUGCCCAGAGUGCCGGGUCACCUCCAGUUACUACAUCCCCCACAAAUACUGGGUCUCGGACGUGGGCGAGAAGGAGAAGCUCAUCGAAACCUUCAAGGCGCGGACGGGGAAAAUCAGGUGCAAGUUCUUUGUCCGGAACCGUGGCCGCUGCCCGUUCAAGUCAGACUGCAUCUACCGGCACGAGCUGCCCGCCAGCUGGCAGCCGCGGCGCAGGCGGCAGCGGUCGAGGAUGCCGGUUGUAAGUGGGGGGGCAGCACAAUCUGGGGGAGCACUGCGCGGCUCGAGGCCGGGGCUCAUCCUCCCUCCUGUGCUGCAGGAGUUCAGCCCUUCUUCCUCGGAGAGCUCUGACGAGGAGGAUGAGGAGCUCCGCAUGCUGGAAUGGGCUCUCACCCUGAUGGAGACAGGCUUGCGGUACUCGAGUUAUGGCCACGAGAUGUUCUUCAGUGACUUCAGCGACUCCGACUAA